CCUCCCCGUCCUCCUCCUGCCAUCGCCGGGCAGCCAUGGCCACCGAGAGCCCCCUGGAAAUUCUGCAGCGGGAGAUCACCUGCUCCAUCUGCCUGAGCUACUUCAAGGAGCCCGUGUCCAUCGAGUGCGGCCACAACUUCUGCCAGGCGUGCAUCGCGCAGUGCUGGGGCAAGGCGGACGCCGAGACCACGUCGUGCCCGCAGUGCCGCCGCUGGUCGCGCAAGAGGAGCUUCAGGCCCAACCGGGAGCUGGGCAACGUGGUGGAGAUAGCGAAGCGGCUCCGGCUGGACGCGGCCGCCACGCUGGCCGGCCAGCGGCUGUGCGAGAAGCACCAGGAGCCACUCAAGCUCUUCUGCGAGGAGGACGAGACGCCCGUCUGCGUCAUCUGCAGGGAGUCCCGGGCGCACAAAGCGCACCCCAUGCUCCCCAUCGAGGAGGCGGCGCAGGACUACAAGAAACAAGUUGCCACCCAUGUGAAAGCUCUGACAGAAAGGAGGGAGAAGCUGAAGGAAUUAAAAGAAGAUUUGGAGUGCAGAAGGCAGGCUGAUCAGGAUGAUGUACAAAGUGAGAAGCAGAAGGUGGAGUCUGAAUUUAAUCAGAUCCACGAGUUCAUGGAAAAAAUUGAGCGCUUCCUGGUUAUCAUGCUGAAGAAGUUUGACAAGGAGAUUGUGCAUAGGAGAGACGUAGAAUCCAGUAGGUUCUCAGGGGAGAUUGAUCGCCUCGAUGCCUUGAUCAGCGAAGUUGAGGACAAGUGCCAGCAGCCUGCCAGUGAAUUCCUGCAGGACAUCAGGAACAUUUUGAGCAGAUGUAAAGACGGACAGAUUUCACAGAUGGUGGAAGUUGCUUCCUCUCCGACUGAGCUGGAAAAGAAACUUGGGCAUUUCAGUCUGAAAAAUAUUGUUAUCAAGGAGGCACUGGAGAAAUGUCGAGAGACAAUGAUAUCUGAAUUGGCAAAAGCAAGGACAAUGGAAGCAUCAGCUAAAAGGAUAAGCGUCACUCUCGACCCCAACACAGCUCAUCCCCUCCUUGUGGUGAGUGAAGACAGGAAACGUGUGAAUCGUGGAGACACGGUUCAGCCACUGCCCGACAACCCUGAGAGAUUUGACUCCACUCUGAUUCUCCUGGGCAGUGAAAGGUUCAGCUCAGGGGUACAUUAUUGGGAGGUGGAGGUGGGUAAUGGGCAAAACUGGGCCCUUGGCGUGGUCAAGGAGUCUGUGACGAGGAAGGGACCUAUUGUCACUUGCCCCAAUGAAGGCGUCUGGGCUUUGGGGCUCUGCGGGAAUGAGUACAAGGCUUUCACUUCAUCCGAGAAUUGCCUGACCCUAGAUGAAGCCCCGGAGAAAAUCCAGGUAUUUGUGCAUUAUGAAAGGGGUUGGGUGGCAUUUUUUGACGCCGGUUAUAUGUCCCUCCUUUUUAUUUUCCAGUCAGCUAAUUUCUGUGGGGAGAGAAUUUGUCCUUUCUUUAAAUUGUGGGGCCUAACUACAGAGCUUAGAAUGUGCCCCUGCGCCUCGCGGCCUAGCCAAUCGGGUCGCGCGUCCGCCGGAAGGGAGGCACGCGCGUCGUCGGCGUCCUCGCGGGCAGGCAGGCUGGAGCUCGGCUGGGCUGGCGUCAUGAGCGGCGGCGGCGGCGGGAUGUCGGCGGAACAGCAGCUCCAGCAGCGGCUCCUCCGCAGCCGCCUGAGAGGCGCUCAGCACCCGGGCCUGGCGGUGGGCGGCCCGCUCCCGCCGCCGCUGUUGCCUCCGCUGCCGCCGCAGUCCGUCCUGUCGCCGCCGUCGCCGCCGGACUCCCCUCCGCCCGGCACGACCCCGGCCGAGAUUCCCGCGGGCCCGCGCUGCCCGAGCGAGACGUGGUGCUCGCUGUGCCGCGUCUACUGCCCGGACCCGGUGUGCCUCCCGUGCGGCCACAACUUCUGCACGGCCUGCAUCGGGCAGCGUCUCGGGGAGCCCAAGAUCAACAUCUCCUGCCUGGAGUGCGGCGCCACCGCCCGCAAGAGGAACCUGCGGCCCAUCAAGCCGCCGCCGCUCCUGGCCAGCCUGGUGGUGGACAGGCCCAAGAGGCAGAGGCUCGACUCCGGGCCUGGAGGGGCAGUCGCGCUGCCGGCGGCGCCCGUGGUGGUAGCGCCGCCGCCGCCGCUGCCUCAGCAGCACCAACAGCAGCAGCAGCCGCCGAUGACAGUAGCCUCUGCGGCGCCGGUAUGUGCACCGGCACCACCGGUGGCAGCAGCAGCAGCAGCGCCUCCGCCGCCCCCGCCGCUGCUGUCGCUGACGCCGACGCCGCCCACCCCGCCGUCGCCCGUAGCUCCAUCGGCUGCAGCAUCGGCGGUAGACUUGGCGACAUCACCCCCGCUGCCGAGAAGGUUGUCCGCAGGAGGAUCCGGGGAGGGCGCUGGAGGGAAGCUGUGCGAGAAGCACCGGGAUGUGCUGCAGUUCUUCUGCGAGGAGGACCAGGCGCCCAUCUGCGCGCAGUGCGAUCGGUCCCAGGAGCACCGGGCGCACGCCGUCUUCCACGUCGAGAGGGCAGCCCGAGACUACAGGGAGAGGGUUCUGGCACAACUAGAGAUCCUGAAGCAGGAGAAGAACACACUGUGGAGCCAGAAGCUGACUGGAGAGAAGAAAAUUCAGGAUUACAUGGAAACAGUCCAAGCAGAGAGACAGGAGAUCAUAUCUGAAUUUGAGCGCCUCCACCAGUUUCUCAAAGAUGAGGAGCAGCACCUGCUCACCCAGCUAGAAGAGCUCGAUAAAGAGAUAGAGAAGCGGAAAGACGAAAUGGUUACCAAACUCUCAGAAGAGCUUUCCCGUCUCGGUGAUGUGAUUGCUGAGAUGGAGGUGAAAUGUAAGCAACCAGCAAGUGAAUUUUUGCAGAGAAACAGUUGCAGCACCAGGGAGACCACCGUGCCACGAAGGCUCCCGUGUGUAACCAGAGCACCCCCCACCUCUCCUGUCUUGGAGCUAACACCAGACGUUCCACCUCUAGGAUCCCAGGACAUUAAAAAAACAAUGAGCAGGUGUGCACCAGGGCAUUUCCAGCCAUCCGAAGAAGCUUCUCCUAAGCUCGAAGAGAGGCUGGAUAACUUCACACGGAAAGGGAUGCUUCUGAAGGAAACACUAAAUAGAUUCCAAGAUAAUGUGACGUCUGUCGUGGAGAAAGGAGAGACUGUGAAAACACUGAAUGACAAAGCAGAUGCGGCUCUCUAUCCGGAUGUACCAGGUGCUUUUCUACCAUUGGACCGAAGGAACGCAGGAUGCGAAGAACUCCAGGAGAGGCUUCCCGCCUUAGACUACGUCCCCGACGCACCCAAAAGAUUGGAUUCCAGAGCUUUGGUUCUGGGCUGUGAUGGGUUUACCUCUGGGAGGUACUUCUGGGAGUUGGAAGUGGGCGAUGGGGAAUUCUGGGCAGUCGGGGUUACCCGAGACCCUUCAAAGAAGAAAGGCAUGCUGGGGUUCAGCCCAGAGGAGGGGAUCUGGGCUGUGGGGUUGUGGAAGGGCCAACACUGGGCUCUCACGUCUCCUGUGACUCCCCUGUCCUUGAGCAAGCCCCCGAGGAGGAUCCGAGUGUCCCUGGACUAUGUGGGGGAGUGUGUGACCUUUACGGAUGCAGACACUGACAGCCUCAUAUUCACUUUCCCACCGGCCUCUUUUAAUGGGGCCCGUACCCACCCCUUGCUGUGGGUGGUGGGGUUCCCCGCUCAUUCUGUAUUUCUGAGGCACAUGGGAGUGAAAUAUCCAGCCGGGGUCCACGAGAUGGAUAUCCUGAGUCCAUGACUUUAACUUCUUUCCAUGGACCCGGUGUAAGGGGUGGGGUGGGGUGGGGAGAUGUCUAACUGGCCAAAGCAGAGAACCAAGCUCUUUGGGAGCAAGAAAGUCUGUGUGUUUUACCUCCGUGUGAUCUUUGGAGAAUAGGAGGAGGUGGCAGAACUGUUCUCCUUGCACCAAGGCCUUAUGAUGUUGCCCUAUGGAAUAGCACAAGGACUGUGAAUGACGAAGACUGUAGGCCUUGAAAAAUAGUAUCGCUGUUAGGACAUGCUUCAUUAUACAAAGGAUUGUCAAGACUCCUCUUCCUAGUGAUAGGUUCGAGCUUGUUCAGUUUGUGGGGGGGAACUUUCAGAUAUUAAAAAUGGAAAUUUUAACUGCCUUUUCAGUUUGUUCAUAUUUAACAUUUAUUUAUUUUCUUUUAAAAGCAACUGCAUUUUAGCUUUAAUACUUAGCAGCUGAUUUAUAUUCCAUUGAAUAUAUUCCAUUGAAGACUGAACACUUCAUCCAUAAAAUUUUUGCUUCCUAUCCUUUGCCACCCUAGCACCGAGGUGAUGAUCCUGAAUUGGGCAUCCUCGGAUGUGGCAGAUCUGUUUGUGGAUAGCUUUUAAUCCAUUCUCUAGGGCAGAUUGAUCUCUUUCCUCCCACUGGUUCAUUCUGAAGCUCAAUUUCACUCCUGCAUUACUCAGUUGGUACAAAUCCUCCACACAAUAACACUAAACUGGGUGUUCCAAUUUUCCUAAAGGUGACAAAUACAUAGAGUCUAAACAUUGUACAAAGAAUCUUAGGGCAAGAGUUGAGAUGGCUACAUU